CGUUCCCGGAGCUGGCGAGCCAUGGAGGAGACGGCCGCCGGGGGCGACCCGCCAAUGCCUGAUGUCCGUCUGUGUGGACACCUGCGGAAGCAGAAGUCCCAGCGGCGCCGGUUUUUCGUGCUGCGGGCGCCCAGCGAGCGGGGACCCGCCCGCCUGGAGUACUACGACAGCGAGAAGAAAUUCGGGGCUGGCGGCGCCCGCCCCAAACGCAGCUUCGCCCUGGCCAGCGCCCUGCACAUCAACAAGCGGGCGGACGCCCGGCACCGGCACCUCAUCGUGCUGUACGGCCGGGACGGCACCUUCGGGCUGGCGGCCGAGAGCGCGGAGCAGCAGGAGGCCUGGUACCGCGCCAUGAUGGAGCUACGUGCCGCGGGCCUGUCGCAGCUGGGGAGCGGGGCGGCGUCGCCCUUCCGGGAGGUCUGGCAGGUGAGCCUGCGCCCCAAGGGGCUGGGGCAGGCCAGGAACCUGGUGGGCGUUUACCGGCUGUGCCUGGCGGAGAGCACGGUGGAGCUGGUGCAGCUCAGCGCCCCGGCCCCCUGCCUGGUGCUGCAGCUGCUGAGCGUCCGGCGCUGCGGCCACUCGGAGAACUACUUCUUCCUGGAGGUGGGGCGCUCGGCCGCCACGGGCCCCGGCGAGCUGUGGAUGCAGGUGGAGGACCUGGUGGUGGCCCGGCACAUCCACGAGACCAUCCUGGAGGCCAUGAAGCGGCUGAGCGAGGAGUGCCGGGUGCGAGGCCGGGGCCAGGCCUCCGCCCCCAUCUCGGUGCCAGCCCGGCGCCUGCCCCCCACCCAGCCGCCGAGCUCCGGGCGCCGCCGGCCCGACGGGGACUAUGCCCUGGCGUCGUCGGACGAGGGCGGAUCCUCCAGCCCUGGGGAGGGGCGCCCGGCUGGCAGCCCGGAGCCGGCCGGCUCCCCGGAGCGGCCGUCGCUGCCCCCCUUGGCCGGGCGGAGGAGGCCAGGGUGGUGCCCGGAAUCCGGCUACAUGGCCAUGCUGCCCGGGGCGGCCCUGGGGCAGCCGGAUUACGUGCCCAUGAGCCCCGGCGGCGUCUCUCCACCCCGGGGCGAAGCCGCCGGCUACAUGCUCAUGUCCCCCAGCGGGAGCUGGGCGCCCGAGUACGUGAACAUGUCCCCGCUGUGGCGCUCGGCCGGCAGCACCCCCCCGCGCCGCAGCCCCCCGCCCGGCGCCCCCGGGGAGGCCCCGUGCCCCUUCCGCUCCCUGCCGCGCUCCUACAAGCACGGGGCCUGCCUGGCCGUGCCCGGGCGCCUUUCCUCCUGCUCCUCCUCCACCAGCAGCGAGAGCCUGGAGGAGCCGGUGCCCCCGAGCCCCGGGGAGUACGUCAGCAUCGAAUACCGGCCCAUCCCGGGCCAGCCGGCGAGGGUGGAGCCUGGCAGGCGGUGCUGCGGGGAGCGAGGCCCCCCAGCCUGGGAGGAGCCGGGACUCAACUACGUCGCCCUGGACCUGGCCCGGGGAGGAGGCGGCCUGGACGGGCGCCCCCGGGCGGCCGGUGGCCCCAGCCCCCAGGCCUACGCCAGCAUCGACUUCCACCGCUCCCAGGAGCUGCGGGGACGCCGGGGCGGAAGGGACGGGCCAGAGUGCUGACCCCUUUGCUGUCCAUGCGGCCUGGUGACUUUGUGGCUCCCCUGACUCAGGACCAAUGCUCCACCCGAGAGCUGGUCGCAUUGAGACACCUGAUACCUCCGCAGACGACGCACCUCGGUUUCCUCCCGAUGGACCGUGAACCCCUUUAAGUGCCUUUGUUUUUGGGGUGCGGCUCUCGGGGGUGUGUAUGUAUGGAGAACAAGCCAAAGAUGGACUCAUAUUUUGGAGAGGCUGGUGCCUUGCACUCUGGGUGUCCUUUGGUUCUGCUGGGGGGACACCACAGAACCUGACCAUGGGCUUGAGGUUUCAAGGUCACCCCCCCGUUUUGGGGGAAUUCCUCUGCACCAAAGCCAAUUCUUUACUCCUCUUUUUUUGGGGGGGGGCAUCUCCCCAGCUUCCCACCCCUUGGGAUGGAGACUUUUCAGGGGGGCUGAUUCCUUAUUUGCAGGGUUCACCCCCUCUGUGUUGGGGUCACCCCUUUGACCCCAUCAACCCUCUAGUGCCUUCAUGCCCCCCAACUGUGUUUUUGGGGUAUGCCCCAAAGGCUCCCCCCCUCUGCAAAGUGUUUUGUUCCCCCCGCUCUAGCCUUGGGGGGAACAUUUGUCCCUCUCGCAUAUCCAAAGUGCACCCUGCAGCUGGGGCAUUGUGGGGGGGCCCUCGCCACCCCCCCCCACCUGUCUUAGGUUUGACGCCUUUCGCAAGGAGAAUUGGGGGUUCGCUCUUUGCUUCUGAAUUGCACCUGGUUGGGGGUUUUUUUGCACUAGCUUUAAAAUGUUUCGUUUGAGAGCAGGUAAUUUAUAGCUCCGGCUCUGGGGCCUUAAAUCCUCCCGGCUUUUGCCAGCUGAGCUCACCGGGAAGGGAGAGUUUAAUUCCCCUCUCAGAAGGCUGAGGGGCCGGGCCGGGCGUUCGCUUUGUGGGAUUUGGUGCAUGGCUGCAGAAUCGGGAGCUCGAUUUUUGCGGGUCCCUCGUUUGCAAGAUUGGAGCUGCAGAAACCAGGGGGGUUGUGGUUAUAAUAAAGCCUUUGUGUCAAAUGGGCUUUAUGGGAAAAGUGGGUAUGGACAAAAUUUGAAAUACGCCGGGAGUUAAUUUGCUGGGCUCUCCUCUGCCCUCGUCCCGGGCGAUCCGCCUGCCAAGCAGGACCUGGGGCUACACCCAAAGCCUUGGGGAGCCGCUCGUGCCCAGAAAGGUCCCCCUGGUUUCUGCGGCUGGAGAUGAUUUGCAAAAUGAUUCGCAGCUGUUGGGAGCUCCGUUCCUUGCCCCUCCUUGCUGUGAUUUACGUCCUUGCACUGACGUCUUCGACCCAAAAACCUUUCUCAAAUUAAGAGGCGUCGCAGAGCUUGAUUUAUCCGCUUGGGCUGUGCGCACACACGGUCUCCAAAAACGAAUCAAGGGGAUUUAGAAACCCGGCUGGCAAAGCGAGUUUGGGGUUGUUUUUUGUUUUUGGAAUAAAAGGAAAAGAACUUUGCCCGCUGUUUCGUCAUGCGGCGGCUGCUUCGGUUUGGCAUUCAGGGCUUCGGUCAAAAUCAUUUUGCAGCUCGGCUUCAUCUGCAGAGGAAACGUUCCUCAGGAGUUGCGCUGACAAAAACGAAUUGUUCUCAAGUGCAUCCGUGCAGAGGGGGUCGCUUUGAAAUUGGCAGCCGAGCCCGGUCUUUCAAACGGCUUCGUUCGGGGGUUUCCCCCCAGGGGCGGGCGCGAGAGCCACGUCGCUAAUACGGGGGAAGCGAGAUUGUUCCAGACCAAAACCUCCCCGAUGAACCAGGGUUGCCAAGAGCUCUGGGGUUGCCAAGCCACGAGCGCCAGCGAAUUGGUUGGAUUUACGCAAGGCCCGGGGCCUGCGGGACUGUCGGUGAGCCCUGGGCUCUUCCACGGGCGGAGCUGGGGCCGGCCCCGGCUUUGGGCACAACUCGUCUGCUGGUUCUGCCGUUCCCUGGGUCUUUGUUCACUCCAGCGAGGGGCCGCGCCGCGGCCGGGGGGGCCUGGCCCACUGCAAACCGAGCCAGCGCGGCCUUUCGCAGGGCCGGGGAAGGUGGGGGCUGGUGGGGGGGUUCCUGGUAGGGCCUACAGAAUUAGGCGCCUCCCCCCCAAUCUGUGUGCCAGCCCCCAACCCUGCAGACACCCCCAUCUCCUGUGCCUGCUGGGGGGGUAGGGGCUGUUGAGAAGUGACCCCGGGUGUGUGUGUGUAGGCGGGGGGGAAACUCUGAACUGCCCCAACUCCCCCCCCGCCGCAGCUCUUGGGCCUUGUUUCUAUUUGCUGCUCUUUUGUGAUGUUCAAAUAAACAGUUGGAAGAAAACCAGG